AAUGAAACCGGAUCCCUAACCUAACCUCUUUCCGCACCCAAGUUCAUGUGCUGUCAAUUCCCCACGCUUCACUCCUCGUAUCUCAUUCUCUUAACAUAGAAUAGAAACUGUUGUGUUUUUCGCUGUUUAUGUCAGAACGAUCCAUCAUCAUCAUCAACAAUGGAGGUGCUUCUUGUUCAAUUGCUGAGGCUGGCUUGGAUCGCCGCCACAUUGCCCAUUAUCAUCGCUUCCAUCCCCACUCCCAAGCUGAACUGGCUCCGUCGAACCUUGCUGGGGUUCGCUAGAAGAGGGAAGAUCAUGCACUCGUCUUCCCAGAAAUUCACCAUUCCUCAGAGAUUCUUCUUGCAUUUCUACGCUGUGGCUUCCAUUUGGACAACGUUUCUGCUUGCCAUGACUUGGGUAUAUGCAUACAGAAUGGUGCCAAAUGUUUCAGAGUCAUUUUCUUAUUCUACUAUCACCAGCUAUUUGACUGGAGGUUCAUCUUUUAGAACUGGUUCAGAUAAAUUGAGGGAGAUAUAUGCUGCCUGGGAAGCUGUUUUUCUGCUUUUGUUGAUGGAGGUUCAAGUCCUCAGGCGCCUUUAUGAAUCUAUAUAUGUUUUCAAUUACAGCCCUUCUGCUCGUAUGCAUAUCCUUGGUUAUCUGACUGGGAUGUUUUUCUACAUAGCAGCACCAUUAUCGCUGUGUGGUGAUUGUGCAAUAGAGGCGUUUGGCUUACUAGAAAAUCUAUUGACUGAGUUCAUUGUCAAAGGCAAGAAUCAGAUGCAAGGAACAGAACUAGAAUUCUUUCAAGUAUUGAGUCCUCUCAUCAAGCUUGGGUGGAAGCACUGGAUCGGUCUUGCUGUCUUUUCAUGGGGAUGGAUUCAUCAGUACCGUUGCCAUCGAAUUCUUGGUUCUCUGCGAGAUUCAAGACAAGUAGAUGAGUAUGUAAUUCCUCGUGGUGAUUGGUUUGAAAUCGUUUCCUCCCCACAUUAUCUCUCUGAAAUUGUUAUAUACGCUAGUUUUGUGGUCGCUACUGGAGGAACCAAUCUAACAAUCUGGCUACUUUUUGUUUUUGUGGUAGCAAAUUUGACAUUUGCAGCUGUUGAAACUCAUAACUGGUAUCAUCAAAAGUUUGAAGAUUAUCCAAAUAGUCGGUUAGCUAUAAUCCCAUUUGUUCUCUGAGAUUGUAAGGCUAUUUUUGGAUAAAUCUCAACAACAGUGGAGACGAGUGCUAACACGCAGUUCAAGAUAAAGAGUGAAGGAGACUCUUUUUAUAAAUUUAGAUGAAAGUUCGUUCACAUUACACUAAACGGAUACUCAAACACAACCAAGAGUGUAAGACAAUGUGUAGUUAUCAUAAAUGUUGCAGUAUAAACUUCAUUAUUUCUCAGGAUGUACAUAGUUAUUAGUUAGUGCAUGUUGUUUUAUUUACAUAAAAGCUUAUAAUAAUCAAAGAGCAAUUCUUGUUUAA